UAUAGAUUGUCUGGGCAAUUUGCAAAACAGAAGUCACUCGAAAGGGAUUAGCUAGCUUGCUAGCAGGUGAAACCUCUUUAGAUGUUGGGUUUUGCGCUACAUUAGCUACUUUGAACAGCACUGGCACAUCGAGCGAAGGAAAUAGCUGAAACGCCAGCUGUUGCCAUGGCAAUCCUGUUUGCUGUGGUGGCUCGUGGAACCACCAUCCUGGCAAAGAAUGCAUGGUGUGGUGGCAACUUCCUGGAAGUGACUGAACAGAUAUUAGCCAAAAUCCCAUCAGAGAAUAACAAACUGACCUACAGCCACGGAAGCUAUCUCUUUCAUUACAUCUGCCAUGACAGAAUCAUAUACCUGUGUAUCACUGAUGAUGACUUUGAGAGGUCGCGUGCGUUCAGCUUCCUCAGCGAAGUUAAGAAGCGUUUCCAAACGACAUACGGGUCGCGAGCGCAAACAGCGCUGCCGUAUGCCAUGAAUAGCGAGUUCUCCUCCACACUGGCAGCCCAGAUGAAACACCACUCCGACCCACAAGGAACAAAUCGUGUCACUGAGACUCAGAUGCAGGUGGACGACCUGAAGGGCAUCAUGGUCCGCAACAUAGACCUGGUGGCUCAGAGAGGAGAGAAGCUGGAGCUGCUGAUUGACAAGACAGAAAAUCUGGUGGAUUCAUCGGUCACAUUUAAGACCACAAGUCGUAACCUGGCCCGAGCCAUGUGUAUGAAGAACCUGAAGCUGACUAUUGUCAUUGUUCUAGUGUGCCUGGUGGUCCUUUACAUCAUCGUUUCUGCUUCAUGUGGAGGCCUCAGCUGGCCCUCCUGUGUGAAAAAAUGAGAGAAAAUUAAAAAAAGGAAGUGGAGUAGAAGCGCCUGAUCACCUCUGCCUACCAGUGGACACAAAAGGAAAAAAAACCUGCCUUCCUCUACUCUUCUAGCUUCAACAUCCCCAGAAGACACAUGCUGCUCCUCCUCCAGGCCUCCUUCCCUCCCCCUUUCCUUGAUAGCGUGCACAUUGACUUGCCUUCUGGACGAGGAGUCCCACCUCAUACCCACACUAAUGACAGAAGCCAUGUGGCCUGACACUGAUGUGGAACAAUAAUCCUGUCUUGGUACAUUCAUCCUGUCUCAUGCACUUAAUGGCCUGAUGUAUCAGUUUGUGAUACUGUCCUGCAUCAAUCUAUGUAUUUAAUCCAUUCGGACUGAUACCGUACUGAGCCACUAAGAUAGCAGAUUGCUUUGUUUUUGUCCUGCUUUUCCUUUGUCCUGCUUUUCCUUUGACAUCAACUGAAAAAUACCUGACGCGCAACUACAGGUAGCAUGUUGCAGAUCCAUCAAGAGGAAAUCCCAAAAAACAGUGUCUGGUCCUCUGUUGUAUAACGGAAAACUUAUUUGUGACAAAACCAAUGCAGUAUGUAAUAUGUCUCAAGUGGCAAAUGUCUAAUGAACAAUGUUGAUAGUGACCCUUUUUGCUUAGUAACACAGAUUAUUUUUUAUGAUAACCUUUAUGUUUUAUUGCCAAGCACAGUAGUAGAUUCUAAAAAUGGCUGUUGUAAAAUACCAGAUAAGAUCAUAUGAAUAAAUAUUGUACAUUUGAUUGAUA